AUGCGCUUGGGGCUUCUGGAUGACGCGAGCCUCCGGGAGAUUUGCAUCUUCGGGCCGGCGGCCGUCGCCCACUGGAGGACGAAGCUCUUUGGGCGAGGCGGGCGCACCGUGCUCCUGCAGCAAGGCCUGCCGCUGCCCUCCUUGGCUUUGCCGCCUGCUUGGCGCUUCGCGGCCUCGUCGCCAGGAGGGAAGCAUCCUCGGCAAGCUGCUUGUGCGCGUUCUUUUCUCGCGGCGCUCGGACGCAGCUGCGAUGACCGUUUUCGAUGUGGUGCCACACGAGCGGUGGGUCUUCGAGGGCGUGGGCGGUCGCAUGUCAUGUGGCACAGCGUCUUGAGCGAGCGACGGAGAAAGUUUCACAUGUCCAGGAGUUGGACGUGGCUGGACAGCGGCUGGCUCUCUUUCACCAGCUUGGCGCGGCUUCGCGCGGUGGACGGGCUGGCGCCGCAGCUGGCGAGAUGA